GCCUACCGGUCACACUACAUGCGCGGAGAAAAUCACUCGAGGGUGUGAACCCAUUUGCGGUUGCUCCACAAAGGUCUGCGCCACUAUUCGAAAUCCCUAUCGUCUCGCAUUCACUCCCCUCCAAUCUCAAGUCAGACGCCGACGCUUCCGCCUAGAUGUCCGCAAUCUUGCGCUUAAUCGAGUUCACCAUCGAUGGCGGGGAGAGCAAGAAACUCGUGCCGCUUAAGCUCUUCUUCGCCAUCCACUACUGUGCCUUCUCCACGCAGACCUACCUGCCUAUCUACUUCGAUCACACGGAACACUUCGACAAGAUGCAGAUCGGUAUCUUGUUGACGCUUCCGUGCGUCUGCGCUAUCGUCGCUCCCCCCAUUUGGGGCGGCGUGGCCGACAUACUCAAGAACCAGAAGCUCGUUCACAUCUUCUGCCUUGUCACAGCCGCGCUCUUCAUGUUCUCGCUGCGCUUCGUGCCCACCUUCAACGUCAUGUGCCUUAUGCUCUUCGUGGCCAACUUUCAGACUCAACCCACGUGGUCCUUGCUGGACCAGACUGCCAUGACAAUGCUCGUGCACAUUGGCGGCGUCUACGGCAAACAAAGACUCUACGGUGCAGUCGGAUACGGUAUCGGUGGCUACUUCGCCGGUCUCAUGGCCGCCGCUGUCGGCAUUGCCUGGUGCUUCAACAUGGUUCUCGGUCUCUCCGUCAUCUCGCUCUUCAUUUUACUACGCUUCAUCCCCGCCUACCAGCCAGAUGAAGGCGGCACUAAGACCGACUACCUCCAGUCACUCGCUAUUAUCUGGGACCAACCGGACGUGCUUAUCCUGUUUAUUGUGGUGCUACUCGCUGGUGUAAUGGGCGGACUCAUCGAUAACUUCCUCUUCCUUUGGUACUUCAAUCUGUCGGGCAACGAUACGAGACUGGUUGGUGUCAUCAUUGCCACUGAGACCAUCUCGGAAUUGCCGCUUUUCUUCUUCUCCAACAAGAUCUUCGAGCGUUUUGGAACACCGAACUGCAUUAUCUUCAGCGUUGUGGCUUACGGUGUCCGUAUGAUCGUUUACACGUACGCGCACAACCCGUGGGUGUGGCUGCCAUUCGAGGUUCUGCACGGUAUGACGUUCGGUCUGCUCUGGGCUGCCUUCACCAACUACGUUUUCCAGUCGUCGCCCGAGGGUACGGAAGGAACGAUGAUCGGUCUCCUGACUGCUGUGCAGAAGGGCAUGGGAGCUGCCUGCUCGACACUGAUGGGUGGCUACAUGUACGAGCACUUUGGUGGACGUGUCAUGUGGGGCACUGGUGCCUUCGUGGUCUUCCCGGCUGCGAUCUUGUUUUCGCUCAUCUUCGCGUGGCUCGCUCGCGAAUACCCGGAAAAGAGCGCUGCGACUCGCGAGAAAUGGGGAAGCUCGUCCAGCUUGUGCUCAAUCGACAUCAACGACCGUAUCACAAAGAAACACGGCUACACGGAGAUCGAUGGCGUGCCCGAAAUCGCGUGAUUUUAUUCAUUCUGCUAUUUCCUCCCGCCCGCUUCCGAUGUAGAGGAUAUUGGUAUGAUACUGCGGCUGUAUCUUGUGUUUUUCACGAUACACUUCCACAAUCUCUGCCUAUUCGCUUUACUAAUGUGAAUCGUGUUAUGAUUGUUAUAGUUAUUUGCAUCGACUUACUGUGAACUUCCUCUUAGCUCAAUCCGUUUGGCUAAUCGGAUUUUUAGUAGCCUUCAUUUUUCUUCAUAUCUUCCAGAGCCUUGGCACGCUGCUGGGCGCGUCUUUCGACUUCCUCCCGCGCUGCUUUGCGUGCCUCGGCCAACGACAUUUUCUUCGGGC